UAUCAUAGAGGGUCUGAAUGAAAAGUGAUGCAGUAUUUUGAUUAAAAAUCUGUCAUUAAAAUGCCUCUUUUCUCGCAGAAUACACCUUUCGACCAAGAUGUCGAAAAGGCAACCAGUGAAAUGAAUACCACUGAGGACUGGAGCCUCAUUCUUGACAUUUGUGAAAAGGUGUCAAGGACACAGAAUGGAUCUAGAGAUUGCCUUAAGUCUAUUGUGAAGAGAUUAAAUCAUAGAGUUCCUUUUGUAUCCAUGCAAGCAUUGACUCUGUUAGAUGCAUGUAUAAACAACUGUGGACGUCCUUUCCACCUGGAAAUCUGCUCCAGAGACUUUGUGUCUGAAUGUCGAACUCUCAUCAACCAGAAGGCUCAUCCUAAGGUGGCACAAAGGUUACGAUUUAUGAUUAAGAAAUGGGCAGAUAUGUCUGAAUUCAAGGAUGACCCUGCACUCAACUUAGUUCCAUCAUUCUUCGACAGUCUGAAGAAGGAAGGAACUGAUUUUUCUGAUCCUGAUGCUGGGCCGAAGAAAGUUGAGACUACAGCCCGGGAAGGGCAACAGGAAGAGGAUGAUAUUGCCAAAGCCAUUGCACUGUCCCUGCAAGAGGCAGAUAAAUCGACCAAGACCACCAGUCUGUACCCAACUAGCUUUAACACAUCUGCAGGAGGAGCUUCAGCCAUGUAUGCAUCACCUAGACCCAGAGAACCUCGGAAGGUCCGGGCAUUGUAUGACUUUGAAGCAGCAGAAGAUAAUGAGCUGACAUUCAAGGGUGGAGAAUUAAUUAGUGUAUUAGAUGACAGUGAUCCUAACUGGUGGAAAGGUUUCAACCAUCGUGGUGAGGGACUGUUUCCAGCCAACUUUGUCACUGCAGACUUGUCAGUAGAACCAGAAGAAAGCAAGCCUGAAAAGAAAACUGUACAGUUUAAUGAACAAGUAGAAGUGAAAACAGUUGAACCUCUGCCGGAUGAGGUGGAGAUAGAUGAAAAUAAGAUAGAUGAGACAUUACAGCUGAUACAGAAUGCAGAUCCCACAGGGGAGACACAGCCAGAUUCCCAGGAACUACUGAACCUUGAAGAGCAAUGUAAAGUGAUGGGUCCAUUGAUAGAUACAGAACUAGAGAAGAUAGAUAAGAAACAUGCUCAGCUGGUAGACCUGAAUAAGAAGGUGAUGGACGCACUGCAGAUGUACCACUCCCUGAUGAGGGAGAACCCGGCCUUCAACUACACCAUGAAGGGGCCACAGGGCUUCACCCCAGGGAUGAUGCCCCCACCCCCGGCCCCAGCUGCAGCUCAGAUGACACAGCCAAUGUACAAUGGACAACCUCAAUAUGCUCCUCAAGGGCAAAUGCCAGCUGGUCCAGGUCAGGUGCCACCAGCCCAAGCUCAGAUGCCACAGGGUCAAGGACAAAUGCCUCCAGGGUCCGUGAUGCCACCACCUCAGAGUUUCUCACCACCACUCUCUAGUCAACAACAACAAUAUUCCAGCCUCCCCAAUCAAAUGCCACAGACGACAUAUACCAGCCUGCCCACAGCUAACAAUAUGCCUAUGGCCUCUGGUCCCACAAAUUUGCCCCAACAGCCUGUGCAAAAUGGCGGUGCUGUGCCCACACAGUUAGCAGGGCAGACAGGAAGCUAUCAGAGCAUGCCCCCACAGACAGUGUACCAGCCCCCUCUCCAGCAGCAGCCAUUACUGUGAGGCAAGAGGGGACAAGCUUGUAUGUGCUGAAUGAGGAUGACUUUGUGCUCGUCAUUUCAUCAAUCCAAUCGGACGCAAUCGGUGAAGAAGUGACAGAGAUUUGAUUGUGUGACUGUGUGUGCCGCCUUGUCACUACACAAUUUGUCACAAGGAAAGCAUGAAUGUAAACUUGCAUGUGUAACAUACGUAACAUGGGCUUUGGCAAGUAACAUCCUUCCUGUAAGGAUUCAAAAGAUAUUUAUGAAAGUCUAAUUUUAUAUUCUUCUCCUUGCUGAAUAAUUUUCAUAAUGUUGAUGUUCCUAUUGUUGAAUGGCCAACAAGAGAAGCAGAAAAAACUACCUUUUCCUUUAGGUACCAAUUAAUGGAGAUGCUAUUUCUCAUACCAUACAUAGUUUUCGAUUUGGAACAGAACCGAAGUAAAUUUUGUUGCUGUAGUGUUGUGAAAAGUGCACGGUUGCAGAAUGGCUUCAGAAGUAAUCUCAUGUACAAAAAAAAAGCCCUCCUUAUGCAUUAAGUGUGUCAGAUAGCCCCUUACCGAUUCCAUAGCUCUGAUGUGUGGACAGGGGGGGUUGCCCCUUUAACUGUAAUUAAAUUAAUCCCAAUAUGCAAGAAAAUAUCUUUCUUCUUAUUGUGCUUAUGGUACUGUAGACUGAUUACAAGUGGCCGCAUGAAUGAGACAAUACACGGUUUAUUAUGAUUUGUUGUGAUACAUUUCGAAGUGAUUGGAAAAUGUAUCUGUGAAUCUUUUUGUGAACAAAUAGUCUUGUUUUGGUUCUAAUUUAACUAUGAAGUAUACAUAGUAUGUCAGUUUGAUCCUCCACUUUGUAAUGCACACUUGCUGUUGCUCCUCAGUACAUUAUUCAUAAUAUGUUUAUUAAUUUAUAUCGAAAUGCACAUCGUUCCAUUGUAUUUGUGGCAUUAUCUGACAAUAUGUUCACCGAUGCAUGUGCAGCUUGUUCAUUUUGCUUUCAAUACUUAAUACUGUUAAUGAUAUCAUCCACCCAAAAGAUUCCAUUUAACUCUUGAUUUGUCCAAAACAUUUUAGUUAUAAUAUUCAUGUUGAACUGCAAAAAGAUUGAAUGAAUGUUUUUUUAAUCCCAUCAGUAGUUUGGCAGAUUUCCCAGCAAAGCAUAAGAAGGGAAAGUACGAGUUCAUUAAGAAUUCAUUUCUAUACGGGUUGACAUACUGUGUGCAUACUGUUUUGACAGACGUAUAAAUGUCGGAUUAUUUACAGAAUGGACAUGAAAUUUCUUUUCUAUGAUACUCAAAAUAAAGGUUGAGGACCACGCGGUUCUUUCAUGUCACUGGGACAUGGAAGAAUUGGGGGGUCCAUAACUUUUUGGAGUAGUACAUCGUACAUCAUGUCCAGCGUGUGUCUAAGGGGGCAAUCAGACCCACUGAUCAGUUCUUGAAAGGAGGGUAAUGCUGAGAGUGAGAUUCCACUGUGGGAAUUUUCAAAGUUAUCUUUGAAGGUUCAACUUUGGUGACUUUACGUUUUGACAGUUAAAUGGCCAGUUUUUCUUUUCAGUCCUGAUCUAGAUUUUGGGGUUGAUGAAGAACAUUAAAUUCUUAAAGUAAUUAUGAUAAGGAGUAUUAUUUCAAAUUUUAUUUUGUGAAGUUUAUCCUAGUUCAAAUGGAUUUUGUUUUAUAAAGUAAAUGUUGAACUACAAUAUAUCUACCAGCAAGAGCAUCUAGUCCUAAUUUUGAUAUACAAGGAGUCACCACAUUUGUUGAAGUCCUUGUGGAACAAGUUGGUCUUUGUUUGAUCCUAAUUGAUUUAAAUUAAAUAUAGAAGUCUUAACAUAAACAACUGCCAUUUUCAGUGCUGCCCGCUGAUCGUAAAUUGAUAAAAUCAUAAAGCAAUACCACGUCUUAAUCAGAUUGGCCCAUGUUUGAUUGUGUUUAGUAUGUGUAACAUGGGAAAGAUUUUGUAGGAAACAACAUAACCCACCUUUACCCAGCCAGAUUACAGACAGGCCAGCUAGUCAAAAUCUGAAUUUGUCAAAGUCUUCAUUUGAAUUUUCUGUAUGUAAAAAAUAUUACUUAUGACAUGUAUAUGUAUAAGGUAAAGUGAACAUUAAUCUUCACUUGAGUUCAGACAUCGUAAGAUAUGAGCCAGUUAGUUUUUUUCCUAUUGCUACUUUGAUUUCAAAUAAAUGUACAAAAUCAAUGCAAAAACAUGCCUCUAUUGCAGCUAUGUUAUAUUUCGAAAUUACAGUGGAAGCUUUUUAGGUUAAUAUACUUUGUGUUUGAUUAGUCAUCAUGGCGAGAAAGAACAUGCCAAUGAUCUCAACAAGAUGAUGUGUUCUUUGAAUAUUUAUUGUCUAAAAAUUAAUGGUUUAAGAAAUAAUCUGAGAUGUCAACACUCCGAUUGAAACAAGUUAGUUUCAUGAGCAAGUAGUGUCCAUGACCCAGUAUCGAGGCUAAUGAUGAGCCUAAUAGUUACUGUGAGACUCUGAGGUGAAGUCUAAGGCACUGCGAUUCACUGUGCAGAGUUGCAUCCCUUGGGCAUGCCAGAAACCUAUGAUUGUGGGUUUGAAUCCCAGUCUGACCCGAUUAUGUUUUUAGGUUUGUCAGCACCAUACCCAUGCUCGUGGGUUUCACCGAAGUGGUAAAUGUCUGAGACCUGCAUCACUUCGGGCUUUCCUCCCACAUUAAGCUGACAUGCCGUGAUAUAACUGGAAUACUGUUAAGAGCGUCAUUAAAUCCAACUCACUCACUGAGGUGAAGUCCGCAAAACCAAUGGCUCAGAUAAUACUGAAUGGGGGCACUGGUGGUCCAGUCGUCUAAAGCCUGCAAUUGGCUGUGCAGAGUUACGUCCCUUAAGCCUGCCUGAAACCUAUGAUCGUUGGUUCAAAUACCAGUUUGCCCUGAUUAUGUAGCUAGGUUUAUCAGCACCAUACCAAUUUGGUUUUAAACACGUCAAACCUGCAUCACUUCGGGGUUUUCCUUCAACAUAAAGCCGUGAUAUAUACACUGAAAUAGUGUUCCAAGUGGUGUAAAAACAAACUCACUAACACUGAAUGUAGAGGAAAUCCCUUUCAGUGAUCCCAAUGAUGUGAUGCAUACAUAGUACAGUGAAGAACACAUGUUGGUUUUUGAGUAGUGUUACUGCCAGUUGUUAGUAAAUAAAAAUUCUCAUUGUACUGAUAACAGCUCAGAGAGGGGCAGUUUCAUUACAGCAAAACAUCUCUUCAUAUGUGCAAUUAUGGUUACCCAUGCCUGAAAAUUAGUUUUUGUUCACAUACAGACUGUAGCACUGUAUAUUUAUUAGUACACUUGGCCACUAGAAUUUAUAGACUGAAAGUACACACUUGGAUGAAUAGUAAUAACAGGAAAGUUGAUUUUCAUUUGACAGUAUGACACCUCAUGACAUUUAACAGUAUGCUAGAUCCCCUUAGUCCAGAUUUUCAAAAUUUCUCUGUUUAAAGAUUUGUUUAUUUUAUCAUCAAGAUUGAUAGGUUUGAAAAAAUAGAAUUUCCGAUUUUGACUUCUUCAGAAAUGGUAUCUAAAUGUCGCCAUGUGAGAAAUGGUAAGCUAAAGCUUGUCUUGUCACUUAACAUAUUUUAUUGCAGUUUAACCUAUUCACAAAUCAUUUCGUGGUGAAUACACCAGCUUUCGGAUGAAUGAAAAAGAGUUUGCAUAUGGUAAUAUUAUCUUUCAUUUUUUUAGGGUUUCUAUACAAUAAAAAUUUGUUCUCAGGCAAUGUCUUUUGAAUUUGUUGAGGCAAAUUGUUAUUAUAACAAUGUGCUGACUAGGGGGCUUUUCGUUGCAAAACUGGACAGAUUUGUUGAUAGAUGAAAUGGAGAAUCAGUACCAAAUUUAGUAUAUUUUCCAUUCUUGAGGUUUUACUAUUGCCGUGAAAGCUACAUUAUUUUAUAUUCUCAGAGAGAUGUCUGUAUCCUUGUUUUUGUUGGCAUCUGCCAUAUUGACAGCACAGAUGGAAAUUUCUGCAUUUGGAAUUAAACCCUGUGCAUGUAAAAGUUGAACAUCUUGAAUAUUCCGAACUGGUGUUGCACUGUUACAUGAAAUGUAUGUGAUACGUGUGUGUAUGUUGCAGGAAAUGUACAUAGCUUGAUGCUUUCAUUAGCAAGUGAUGAGGAAUAUUAAUAUAUUUGCCAUUGAUUUUAUUGUACAUUUCUUAUGUCUUUCUUGUGUACAGAUAUACCAUGAUUAUGACCAUUUGUAAAGUGUAUUCACUGAGGUGCAAAUAAUGGACUUUCGGAUUGGCUAAGGAGCCAGAGAUUUCCGGCAAGAUGUAUCCCUUUGGAUUUAGUAUUAUGCUCACUGGAAAAAUAAGACGUUUAUCUCCACAGAUAGAGAUAUUCCUUGCAGAUUGUGUUACAUGAAGACCCAUUGCCUUGACAUGUGUCACUGCCCUGAGUCAUCCCACAAAUUUUGCCAUGUAUCCAGCCUAAACACUAAUCUAAAAGAUUUUUUUCAAGUAAAGAAUUUUUGGAAAGGUUCUUGUUGCAGUAUGGUGCUGGCAAUGCUAUGGACAUAUUUAAGUUGUGGGUGAUAUGUGUGUGUAUGUAAAGACGUAGCUUAGAUAUGCGUUCAGUGUCACCCAACGAGUGCUCUUUGUGUUCCUGGGAUGGAUGGGCUAUUUGGAUGUUGCAUUAAAUGUGAUACAUCAUCUUGUUAUUCCAGUGAGAUUCAGUAUGCUUUAUACCUGCACAUUCUAAUUGCUGAACAUAGAUGUACAUGAACAUUAUAUUUAUCUGUUGCAUAUUGUUGUCUAUUGUGUAAAUACUAUUGUCAUAUUUGGAAUAAAACCUAGGUCUACUCA